UCCCGCCCCCUUGACACGGUCUCGAGCCACCGCAGCGAGAGCAUCAUCCUCCUGACAGAGACCCGCUCGAGCCGCUGCCGCCCGCCCUGCCCGGCCUCCGCCGCCCGCCCGCUCCCGCCGCCGCCGCCUCCACCGAGGGAAGGGAAGCGUAUCGUAUGUCCGCUAUCCAGAACCUCCACUCCUUCGACCCCUUUGCGGAUGCAAGUAAGGGUGAUGACUUGCUCCCCGGCGGCACUGAGGAUUACAUCCAUAUAAGGAUCCAGCAGCGCAACGGCCGCAAGACCCUCACCACGGUCCAGGGCAUCGCGGAUGACUACGACAAAAAGAAGCUGGUGAAGGCCUUCAAGAAGAAAUUUGCUUGCAAUGGUACUGUGAUUGAACACCCAGAAUAUGGAGAAGUGAUUCAGCUGCAGGGUGACCAGCGCAAGAACAUAUGCCAGUUCCUCAUCGAGAUUGGUCUGGCUAAAGACGACCAGCUGAAGGUCCAUGGGUUUUAAGUGCCUGUGGAUCUCUGACGCGUUAAGUGAGAGGACUGCCUUGCGAUGAGUAAAAUCCCAUUCUGUCCCUUGUCAUAAGUUUAAAGCCAGCUGGAUUGUGUAAUGUAACCAUCUGAAGUCCGCUGUCUAGUCUGGACUAGUGUAACUCGGCGAUGUAAUAAACUGGCCAGAGCCAUGCUGUCUCGUC